AUGGUAUGCGCUGAUGACUUUGGCGCUUUAACUUCGCCUAGACAAUGGCCAGGAAUUGACUUUACGAAGGAAGGUGGAGAUGUCAAGGCUCCUCAGCUGCGGAAACUUGUGGCGGAAAGCUUUGUUGCUGUGUUUAUGUCACUUUUUUGUUUCGCUCUUACGAUCUAUGACACGAGAUGGCUAUUUCGUCUUGCUGCUCAUCAAAUGGAUUCGCUUAAGUUUACUCUCACAUUCGGAGGAGGUAAAGAAAAGAGAAACGGAGCAUCUGUGAGGCAACUGCGUGAGUUCAUCUUUGCUCAUUCUUUGCUCAUGUUGUCUGUUGUUUCAUGUCUGAUUCACUGCAGUUUCUGA